UUGGGAGGCUGCGUAAAUGCAGUUCCAGUUGCGAGAAACAGCAACAUCAGCCACACGUUUGGUCUUAUAACACAGUUAGGCUACACAUUUGAUACUAUGUACUUAUGUGAGUUGUGAGCAGCUCUUUCGAGUAGAAGUGGAGAGAGACCCAGAGUGCAAUGGAGAGAUAGUCAGAAGAACAAGGAUGUCCGCGGAAGUGGAUGAAAGAAUACCCGAGAAGAAUGCCAUGGCCCCGGAGGAUGUGGUUGAAGACCAGCCGUCUUCAGGCGUGGAAUGUGGGAUUAACAGACCCACCCCACAACGAUUUCGUGGAGCUCUUUCCACUCUUCUUGUUAUAAUCGCCGUACCUCUUCUUGCUGUUGGUUAUAAAUAUUAUCAGGAUCAGCAGCUCCGGCAGCGUCAUGAACUGGGGUUGAAAGUACUAGGAGCCGACGGCCUCUUUAUCUUCAAUUCUUUGGACACCGACCAUGAUUUGUAUCUCAGUCCAGAGGAGUUCAAGCCCAUAGCCGAAAAGCUCACAGGAAUUGCUCCGCCUUCUGAUUAUGAGGAAGAUGAUGUGCCCAGUGAUCCUGAUGCAGAGACCAUUACACUGGAAGCUAAAAUGCAGCCCUUGGUGAUGGACUCUAUGACCAAGAGCAAAGAUGGUUUCUUAGGGGUGACUCACAGAUCACUGAGCGGGCUCCGCUCAUGGCUGGUCCCUGCAGUCCCUUCCAGCACAUUCUCAGCCAACCAGUUCAGAGUUUUCUUGCCACCCAAAAACAAGGAGGCUGUGGGUGACACUUGGUGGAUCAUUCCAAGUGACCUGAACAUCUUCACUGGAUAUCUGCCAAACAACCGUUACAUGCCUCCUCCACCUCGUGGCAAAGAGGUGUUCAUUCACUCUCUUUUGAGUAUGUUCCAUCCGCGGCCUUUUGUGAAAUCCCGCUUUGCUCCACAGGGUGUUGUGGCCUGCGUUAGGGCCGUAAGCGACUUCUACUAUGACAUUACAUUCAGAAUUCAUGCAGAGUUCCAGCUGAAUGAAGUCCCAGACUUCCCUUUCUGGUUCACACCAGGACAGUUCACUGGCAACAUUAUUCUUGCCCGAGAUUCUUCCCAUGUCCGUGAAUUCCAUCUUCAUGUUCCGAAUGACCGGUCCCUUAAUGUUGACAUGGAGUGGUUAUAUGGAGCCAGUGAGAGCAGUAACAUGGAAGUGGAUAUCGGAUACCUACCACAGAUGGAACUCCAAGCAACAGGGCCAUCAAUUCCCACUGUCAUUCAAGAUGAGAAUGGCAAUGUGAUUGACAGUCGCCAAGAGGGAAGUGAGCCUAUUCAGUUUGUCUUUGAGGAGAUUCACUGGACAUCAGAAAUCAGACAGGAUGAGGCUGCACAAAACAUCGAGGUCACCUUCUACCCUUUCAAGAAGAUUUCAUACUUGCCUUUCACUGAGGCCUUCAGCAGAGCCCAGGCAGAGAAGAAACUGGUCCACUCUAUUCUUCUCUGGGGGGCUUUGGAUGAUCAAUCCUGCUGAGGUUCGGGGCGAACUCUCCGGGAGACAGUCCUGGAAAGUUCGCCCGUUUUGGCCCUGCUCAACCAGAGCUUUGUCAGCAGCUGGUCGCUAGUCAAGGAGCUGGAGGACCUGCAAGCUGAUGAGAAUAAUCCGGUUUUAAGUCAGCAGGCCCAAUUACACUUGGAAAAGUAUAACUUCCCAGUGGAGAUGAUGGUGGCAUUGCCUAAUGGUACAGUGGUCCAUCAUAUAAAUGCCAAUACCUUUCUGGAUCAGACAUCUAUGAAGCCAGAAGAAGAUGAAGCUCCAUUCAGCUUCUCUGCUGGUUUUGAAGAUCCUUCAACCUCUACGUACAUUCGCUUCCUUCAAGAAGGACUGGAGAAAGCAAAGCAGUAUCUGGAAUCUUAAAACCGUGUCAUACAUACCAUGUCUAUGGGGGUGGGGAAGGAGAGGAACAUGAAAUCACAAGUGACUUAAUUACAGGAAGACUGGCCUCCAUCUGAAGGCACGGAAGUACUAAAUCAAAGAUAAGGCUCAAAGAAUGCUCCAAACCUUCAGAGUUAAGGCAUGUCACACUUCUGCCUGAGAAAACCUUUUGCCUGUGAACAGUUCAGAGGCACUCCCAAUGGGUUAGAGAGGGGCUAUUUUUAUAUCCAGCCAUUAAAUAGACGGCCAAGUUAACCUUUAGGAAUCUCACAUUUUAUAGACCAGUCAAACGACUAUGCAGUACUUCAAUCUAAUCCCUGGACAUGGACAAUUAUCUCUUGCUCAAAAUAAUUUAAGCUUUCUGCUAUUUAUGAUUUUUUUUUACCUCUAAAAGGCAACUAAUGCAAGCAACCAGUACUAUUAUUUGUAGGCUUAAUAGUUGUGCAGUAUUUGAAGGUACAUUUUGUGGCAUGUGUACAUGGUAGUGAGUCUCGACAAAACUGGUGCAGGGGAGAGUGACUGCUUUCUGAGCUUGAACUGUUUGUGACGGCUUGGCCCGAAAGCCCCAAAUGGGUGGGGCCCAGCCUGAUGUCUUUGUUGAAGCUGAGGAAGGCGGCAAUCUCCCUUGGUCCCGAGAGAGUCAUCCGUCAGUACAGGAGAGCAAUGCAAAUUCUUGUUGUCCCAACACACUCCAUAGGGGGCAGCUUAAUGAUUAACCAUGCCAAUCCAUAUGACAUUUUCUACAAUAAAAGGACAAGCUUAAGGCUAUACUUAAACCAAAGAUGAAUAAUACAGUGUAGAGUGAAAUACUUAAAAAAGGUUGUAACAACUGUUUUUUAAAGUUAUACAUGUGUACAUCUUAUGCCAAGUCUUCUUUUGGAAAGGAAUGUACAUUUAUGUUACCUUUUUAUGACAUCUGGUUUCACAAUUGCCAGAAAAAUCUUUGGACAAACAUUUGCUGCCAAGUGUUUCUUGGAUGUGUUUUCUGUCUGAAUUAUGUUGUGUGGACACGAGAACAAAACUGUGGUGUUUCUCCCACACAAAGAGAGGCCCACGAACAGACAUGAGAAAAUGUGCCCUGAAUAAAUGUUGAUGUUUUCAAGCGUAA